AAGCUUGAUUAACGGUCCAGAAAUUGGCUAUUUGCCUAAUUUCUUCCUUCCGUCCGUCCGUUCAUUACCUGCCCAAUAUAGCACCCCCCCAACCCCUGGCCCAUACAACCCCUCGCACAAAUCUUCGAUCUCCGUCGGCGCAAUAGGUCUUCCCCUGCAUACCACGCCUUCACCAGUGGACUUGAGGACAACUCCGCCAGCUCCUGACAUCUUCGUGCUUAUCAUGGCAAGAUAGAAAAUUUUAAUAUCUUAAAUUUUUUACACAAUCAAAAUUAGAGAUUCUCACAAAAGGUGUACAUUGAAGGUCUCAGUUAAAUUUCAACAGGUUUUUUGGGUGGAACCGUUAGUUUUAAGGUUUAGGACUAAAAAUAUCAACAUUUUUUAUACAUCGACUUCAGAUGCCCAAACGGGUAACCGCCCGUUUACAGUGAAGAGCUCCUUAAUUACUCUCGUCCCUUCACUCUUCAGUCCAAUCCAUAUCAGCCGUCUUCAGCCCAUCCAUUUCAAGUUAACCGGAAAUGCAGCCUUUAUUGCUUGUCUCCGAGGAAUCUCAAUUUCUUAUUCGGAUACUGAACGGGAGUUUUCAAACCCUAAACAUUAUUAAAGACCGUGUUUUUCAUGCAUUUGGCGAUUUAUUCUGCUCGAAAGCGAAUUUGGAUGUUAUCGACACGAGACAAGAUAAUGUAGUGCAAAGUGUGAAUCGGGAGGAGCAAGGAUCCAAUGAUUGGUCGUCUAAGGGGAACAAUUCCAAUCUAGAAGGGGAUUCCAGAGUGGGUUUCAACGUGUUGGAUGCGAUGUUAAAGCAUAGUUUGGAUCGUCUGAAGUGUAUGAGGGAAAGAGUAUCCUCAGCUGAAGCAGGCAUUAGUAACUGCAACUUGGAAAUAAAUUUCAAUAGAGACUCAUAUGUUAUUAGAGCUAUGUGUCUGGAUGGUAAACUGGGGGCAGCUUUAUCUCUUUGGUGCAACAUGAUACAACAUAGUAUUAUUCCCGAUGGGAUCACACACAAUUACCUCAUCAAUGGACUGUGCAAAAAGGGUGAAUUGGAGAAGGCAGAAUGGAUUGUUAGAGGUAUGUUAUAUAGGGGUCCUUCUCCCACUUGUGCUACGUACAAUUCCUUAAUAAGGGGUUAUUGCCUCAUGAAUGGCGUCGAUAAAGCUCUAAACACCUUUUCUACCAUGGCCAACCAUGGAAUUAUACCAAGCAGAGUUACUUGUAACAUUCUUGUUCAUGCGCUUUGUAAGAAGGGCUUGGUGGAGGAGGCGAAAAAGCUUUUCCAUAAAUUACUAAGCAAAAAUCAUGAUGGGGGGAGCUCAGAUUUGAUUACGUCAACCAUAAUGAUGGAUGGCUGCUUCAAAAAUGGAGAUACUGAUCAAGCUCUUGCUUUUUGGGAGAGGAUGUUAAAAGAGGGUAUCAAAGUUGAUAAAGUUUCUUACAAUGUUGUCGUCCAUGGAUUCUGUAUGAGCCAUGACGUGGGUACUGCAUAUAAGUAUUGCUGUGAAAUGCUAAAGCUUGGUUUCCUUCCAGAUGUUUAUUCUUACAACACUCUUGUUGGAGCACUUUGUAAAAAAGGAAAGACCAGUGAUGCUUGUUAUAUCUAUGAUGUUAUGACAAGAAUGGGUGUCACCCCAGAUCAAAUUACGUACAAAAUGAUAAUACAGGGCCUAUGUAUUAACAGGGAGAUUGAUAGAGCCGGCUGUUUUCUUGAAUACAUGUUACAGAAAUCCAUUAUACCGGAACCCCUUGUUUGGAAUGUUAUAAUUGAUGGUUAUGGAAGAUGUGGAGAUAUUGAGAAAGCUUCAUAUAUUAGGGACAAAAUGGUUGCAUUUGGUGUUCUACCAAACAUAUUUACAUAUAAUGCAUUGAUUUAUGCGCAGAUAAAGUCAGGAAAUCUUUUUGCAGCUCAGUCCUUGGAGAAGGAGAUGCUUUUGUGUGGUCUUACGCCUGAUUCAGUUACUUACAAUCUGUUGAUUGGUGCUGCUUGUAAUCUUGGCCUGAUUCACUCGGCACUUCAGCUACAUGACCAAAUGUUGAGAAAAGGUUGUCAGCCAGAUGUAAUAACUUACAGCAAACUACUUAAGGUGUUUUGUCUACAAGGUAUGAUGAAAGAGGCAGACAAGCUCUUUGGGAAGUUACUGGCAUCUGGUUUAGCUGUUGAUCAUGUUCCCUUUCUAAUACUCAUGAAAAGAUACUGCAGAAUGAGAGAAUUUGAUAAAGUCUUUGACCUUUACCAAAAGUGGUUAGUGGCAAUGCCUAGAUGAGAAUGUUUUCCCAGGAAAUAUUGUGAAUUCAAGGGCUACUCUAGAUGUAUGUGGUCCAGAAGAGAAAGCUACUUAGGCUUUUACACCUGGUUUGACAGAUUUUAGGUCCAGAAGCAUUACCCUCGUAGCAACAGCUGUCUUUGUUUCCCAGAGGUGGAUGUGCAUGCAGGGUGAACCAGUUAUUGCAGCAUAUCAUUCCAUCAAAUUGUGCUGAUGAGUGACCGUGCUGUGCUUUUUUCACUUUUCGGGAAGAACCUUGAUAUUAUAACUUUGCAGUUUCGGUGGUCCAUUCUUUCCGGAACUUCAAGAAUGUUCGGCUGCUGGAUUUAGGGGUUUUAUCAUGUUACUCUGGGAAUACAAGUUCAAGUCCACAGGAGAUAAUACAGAUGUAUUGACCGGCAGAACUUGCUUUGAGCUCUUCAUGAUUACGUGUUGCAAUCAUGAAGUAUUACAUGUUGGUCAGAAGAACAGAAACAUACCAUCUCUUCUCGUCUUGAAGUCCCAAAGAAAGAAAGGCACAACUUCUCAAGUGAUGCAUGCAUUGUUAACAAGGAAGGAAGACUUGAAUUGGAGAUAUCUAAUAACGGGAUAAAUACGUGUCAACCANUA